UAAGAAAGAACAGUAUUUCCAGAGCUCCAUUGAAGCCUUCUAUCACUGCAAUGGGCAACCUACGAAAACCUCCCAAGUCUGCUUCAUGGAUGAUUUUGUCUUUGUGCCUCAACUUGAUAGGCAUGAUCUCUUCAUUAGAUUCCAGCCAUCCUACUGUUUCUCAGACAAGCGUUGCCGCAGAAAUACCCACUGCUCCUUCUGUCCGUGCCAUUUCUGGCUCCGUCAAUGCACUUGACUCAAGGACUGCUGUUGUUCCAGGACCAAUUAUUCCUCCUCUCCCCACCAGAACGAGCUUCAUCACUGGCAUUGGCCCAAGGACCCCCGCUGUUCCAGGGGCAAUUAUUCCUCCUCUCCCCACCAAAUCUGGCUUCAUCACUGGCAUUCGCCCAAGGACCCCCGCUGUUCCAGGGGCAAUUAUUCCUCCUCUCCCCACCAAAUCUGGCUUCAUCACUGGCAUUCGCCCAAGGACUCCCGCUGUUCCAGGACCAAUUAUUCCUCCUCUCCCCACCAAAUCUGGUUUCAUCACUGGCAUUCGCCCAAGGACCCCCGCUGUUCCAGGACCAAUUAUUCCCCCUUUUCCCACCAGAUCUGGCUUCAUCACUGGCAUUCGCCCAAGGACCCCCGCGGUUCCAGGACCAAUUAUUCCUCCUUUCCCCACCAGAUCUGGCUUCAUCACUGGCAUUGGCCCAAGGACCCCUGCUGUUCCAGGACCAAUAAUUCCUGCUUUCCCCACCAGAUCUGGCUUCAUCACUGGCAUUCGCCCAAGGACCCCCACGGUUCCAGGACCAAUAAUUCCUGCUUUCCCCACCAGAUCUGGCUUCAUCACUGGCAUUCGCCCAAGGACCCCCGCUGUUCCAGGACCAAUUAUUCCCCCUUUUCCCACCAGAUCUGGCUUCAUCACUGGCAUUCGCCCAAGGACCCCCGCGGUUCCAGGACCAAUUAUUCCUCCUUUCCCCACCAGAUCUGGCUUCAUCACUGGCAUUCGCCCAAGGACCCCCGCGGUUCCAGGACCAAUUAUUCCUCCUUUCCCCACCAGAUCUGGCUUCAUCACUGGCAUUCGCCCAAGGACCCCCGCUGUUCCAGGACCAAUUAUUCCUCCUUUCCCCACCAGAUCUGGCUUCAUCACUGGCAUUCGCCCAAGGACCCCCGUGGUUCCAGGACCAAUUAUUCCUCCUUUUCCCACCAGAUCUGGCUUCAUCACUGGCAUUCGCCCAAGGACCCCCGCUGUUCCAGGACCAAUUAUUCCUCCUUUCCCCACCAGAUCUGGCUUCAUCACUGGCAUUCGCCCGAGGACCCCCGCUGUUCCAGGACCAAUUAUUCCUCCUUUCCCCACCAGAUCUGGCUUCAUCACUGGCAUUCGCCCAAGGACCCCCGCUGUUCCAGGACCAAUUAUUCCUCCUUUCCCCACCAGAUCUGGCUUCAUCACUGGCAUUCGCCCAAGGACCCCCGCUGUUCCAGGACCAAUUAUUCCUCCUUUCCCCACCAGAUCUGGCUUCAUCACUGGCAUUCGCCCAAGGACCCCCGCUGUUCCAGGACCAAUUAUUCCUCCUUUCCCCACCAGAUCUGGCUUCAUCACUGGCAUUCGCCCGAGGACCCCUGCUGUUCCAGGACCAAUUAUUCCUCCUUUCCCGACCAGAUCUGGCUUCAUCACUGGAAUUGGCCAAAGGACCCCUGCUAUUCCUGCGUUCAGUACUCUUUCUACUUUUACCAGAAUUGUCCCUGUCAUUAUUAUGGACUCAACACCCAGUACAGAACUUGUCAAAGAUACAACCAGAUUCCCCACUUGGGCUAUUAUUCUGACCUGUGUGGCUAUUGCUGUUGCUUCUGGGAUCUUCGCUUGGUUGAUUUUCUACGCACUAAAACCGGGGAAUGUCAUUAGUGCCUCCUGUCCUGUUUACCAGAAUCACCAAGCCAGAAACAGCUGCUGAGAUCAUCAUUGGGAAAGUAAUACAUCUUCUAGUAAUAUAAACUAAUAAUCUGGAAUUGAUCUUCAAUUUUAGCCAUCACCUUCUUCAGAGACACUGCUGUGGACCUACCCCUGAUUGUCUGUGAUGCUUCCUAUCUUUUUCGGCAUGAAAUUUGGGCAUCUUACCAAGUGUGUAAUGUCUCCUCUGAGAGCACAACAGUGAUACUAAAACACUGGGUCCAAACAAGCAUCUUUGAAAGAAAUUCAUAUUUGGGGACUGUCUCCUUGUUUUUUAUCCAGCAAGCCAACAGGAAUCUAAGUCUGUGAACUAAGCCAAUUCUCAGUAAUACACCAUCUGGAUAGGAGUGUUGAGAUUCAUAAUGCAAAAAACCAAGGAAGACUUGGGUUCCAUUCCAUGCUCAGCUGUGAACAGCCCCUGGCUGAGCCAAACAAGAAUUUCUCUGAAUGCCCUUGGAUAUAUCACUAUAACCAAACCAAAAAAUUAGAUGGAAAAUGAUGUUACUUUAAAAACAGGUUAGGCUUUCUCCUAAUGGUUCCAGAUUUACACAUUUGAGCUUCGGAAUGUAUUUGUUCUAAUUUAUUGUGGAUGCUGUUAAUAAAUAAAAGUGACAUUACUGUAUUACAUCAUGGGCCCUGCCUGUUCCCUCCCUUUCUUCUUUCUUCUCUUUGGCCUUUAGAUCGGGCACCUGUUUUUAAUCAACUCUUGCUAAACAACCUUGCUGUUUAAUUUAUAUUUGUUGUGAGCAACUG